UGCUGCGACCUCAGUCGGCGGAAGUGGAGCGCAGACCAAACCAGCUGCUCCACGAGAAAGAAAAAAAAUAAAAAAAAUCGAAGGGGAAAAAAAACUCGCCGAUCUGCUGAAAUUACACCGAUUUUUAAACAGAUUUCAAUUUAUUCACGUUUUCGGGAACUCCGGGAAGGGGGACGGAGUGACCAUUAGCGAAAUGAUGGAAGACUCUCACUUCAAUUCGUCCUACUUCUGGUCUCCUAUUCCCACCGUGCAAGGACAGAUUGAGAAUGCGAUGUUCCUUAACAAGAUGAAGGAGCAAUCGGAGAAGGGUGGUUCCUUCCCUCCGUCCUCCCACUAUCAGACCGCUGUGCUCGCCAUCCCUGGUCCUAAAGAUGGAGUGGGGCAGGGCGGGGGACACCUCCACACGCCUCACAGCACCCAGAACAUCACAGUGGUCCCCGUCCCGUCCGGGGGCCUCAUGACUGCUGCGGGUCUGGUUAUCACCACCCCUCAGGGAACACUGGUCUCCCCCACCUCCUCACAGUCCUUUGUCUCUGGCCAUCCAACCACCACCAUGAUAGUGUCAGCUCUACAUGCUGCCAAUGCAGACAAAAAGGAUGGGGACGAAACGUCCCACGUCGUAGUCAUGCCAACCCCUUCAAAACGAGGGAGGAAGAAGAAGGUAACAAUGUCGGUGCCUAGAAUAGGUGGUGGUGCUGGACAUCCCAACGAAACCCUCAUACUGGCACAUCUUUCGGCUACUGGUCAGCACCAUGGAGACCCCUACGACCUGUCAAACGAGGACGAGGACCGCACGAAAGAUGGCACCAAAACGUACAGGUGCCGGAUGUGUGCGGCGACCUUCUUCAGUAAGUCAGACAUGCAGAUCCACUCCAAGUCGCACACAGAGGCCAAGCCCCACAAGUGUCCCCACUGCGCCAAGUCAUUCGCCAACUCCAGCUACCUGGCCCAGCACAUCCGCAUCCACAGCGGGGCCAAGCCCUACACCUGCUCCUACUGCCAGAAAUCUUUCAGGCAACUCAGUCACUUACAGCAGCACACACGGAACCACACAGAGUCCAAGCCCCACAAGUGUCCCCACUGCACCAAGUCCUUUGCCAACUCAAGCUACCUGGCCCAACACAUGCGCAUCCACACAGGCGUGAAACCCUACUCCUGCUCCUUCUGCCAAAAGAACUUCAGACAGCUCAGCCACCUGCAGCAGCACAACCGGAUCCACACCGGAGACCGGCCCUAUAAGUGCAUCCAUCCGGGCUGUGAGAAAUCCUUCACACAACUCUCCAACCUACAGUCCCACCGACGGCAGCACAACAAGGACAAACCUUACAAGUGCCCCAACUGUAAUAAGGGAUACACGGACGCAGCUACCCUCGAGGUGCACCUAUCCACACACACGGUGAAACACGCCAAGCUCUACUCGUGUGGUCUCUGUAACCGCACCUACACUUCGGAGACGUACCUGGUCAAACACAUGCAGAAACACAACCCUGACCAGCUCACAGCCUCAGCGGUGGCGGCGGCUCAGCAGGCUCAGCAGAACCAACAGGCUCAGCAGAACCAACAGGCUCAGCAGAACCAACAGGCUCAGCAGAACCAGCAGAACCAACAGGCUCAGCAGAACCAACAGAACCAGCAGAACCAACAGAAUCAAGGCCAGGCUGGCGGUCAGAGGCGCGGGGAGAAUGCUGACAAUGGGUCAGCGAGGCCCGGUGGGCCCAGAGUUGGUGGUGGUGGAGGACAGGGGGGGCAGAACCAGGGCAACUACUCCCAGUCGGAGGGUGUGCCCUGCCCCUUCAACCUCCACCAGUACAAGACAGUGACCGCCGGUGACAUCCAGUACAAACCAGUCAGUGUGGCUGACCUGGCUGCCCACAAAGAACUUUGUCACUCCGUGGCCACGUCAACCAUUCAAGUUGAGCACCUCAACUCCUGAAGAGUUGUGAAAGGGACAAUGGGAGGUGUGGUCAAAAAAGGAAAAAUGGAGUCUGAUGGAUACAAGCAAUAAUCGAAUUGGAAGGCUGUGCCACAACAUGGUGGAGGUAGAUGAAACCGGUUUGGGGGAAUGGAGUUUACGUUGGGUUUUUUUGCCUGACUUCUUUGAAUUUUCCUGACCCCUAACCCUGAAUUGUGUAGGAUGCGUAUGUAAAACUGUACUCAAGUAUUCGUCUGUCCAUCACAAUGAUGGUUUAUACAGUCGGAAGAGAGAACAUGAAAAGAGAACGAUUCUCUUGUGUUAUUUUAUUCUUCCUGCACUUCCAUUCAUAUAUCAUUAAUAUACUUUUAUCUAUGGUGAUGGAACUGAUAGUUCAUUAUGGAAGUAUUUUUGUACUUUCAUACAAGUACUUGCAGUUUUUACAAGAAUGCCAUUACUUCUACCAUCUUCUAAAAAUAUAUGCCCAAUGUAUGAUUUCUUUUUGUAUUAUCAUUCACUUAAAAGGGAAGUAGAUAAAGAUAUUUCCAUUUGUGGAAAGACAAAAAAGAUCAUCUAAAACUAUAUCUAGAUAUAUACAAACCGGUAUAUACAGUAUGUUUGUAUGUCAAAAUAAAAUGUUAAUCCAUAUAAUCUAUUUGUAUGCAGUCACAGUCCUUUAUACUUCACGUGAACAUGGCAGAAGUGAUAAUCCAGUUUAUGAUCCAUGUAAUCUUUUUUGUUUGUAUGUUCUGAGAAUAACAUUGUUAUCAAUGCUAUUAUACUUCCAAUAUACCUAUGUUUAUAUAUUCAAACGCAUUGACACAUCUGAAAUGUGUGUUUUUCUCUGGCUAUGAUUUAAAUAAAAAAUGCAA